GUGCAGUAGCCGGAGGCUGAUAUUUAACUGUUGUACAAACUACCAAAAGCGUUAUGGUUGACGCACUAUAAAUUUUUCAUAUAGCAUAAAAGUCAAAAUUUGUUUCAUCGUUGAUGGUUUACGCAUCACCUGGCAAUGUGAUAUAAUUAAUUGUUUACCUGUAUAUCGCUAUAUUUAGUAUUCAAUCUACCGACAAUGUAAGAUAUAUUGCAAAUUUUGGAUCAACGGGAGGAAAUUAUUUUUCUUGGCAUAUUUCUGUUUAUGUCCGACUUUUAAGAAAUAAUGGUUGUUCUGUCUUAUUGGCUGACAUUCCUUAGUUCGUUUCUCAUUUUUGUGGCUCAAGGUUCUGAAGCAAGUAGAUGGAUAUCAAGAAACAUAAAUGAUUAUAGACGUCCACCAUUUCGCCAGCCACCACCUCUUGACAUCCAUCCGGAUUAUGGACCCGAUUACGGUCAAACCUAUCACCAGGAUCCAUCGUUCGCCCCUAGAUACAAUAUGAUUCCAACGACACCUCCUUCGUUUUAUGAGUUUUUCGAUCCUAUUUCUGGUGUACACAAAAAGAUUAUAAAUCAUUUCGACCAUCAGAGACCAACUUAUCGACCAUAUCCACAAGAUUAUACCAGAUCUCUAAGAUUAAGGGAUGCCUCUCCUUUUCCGUCGACAUAUGAAAAGAAGCAGUUCGAAAAUACAUACAACGCGCCACAUGAAAAUUCAUAUGCAAAUGAUAAACAAUUUUAUUCAGACUUUGCUACGAGAAGACACAAAAGUUUUAUGAACAAUGCCCAAUUUUCGGGGCAAUUAAAGGGAAACGGCAUUAAUGACGACUUUGUAAUUUAUCUGAUGGGUGAUUGGAAAGGCUACAGAGGAUAGACAUACAUAGCAUUACAAAAUCUUCAUGAAAUUCCAGAACUGCUACAAUUAGUGUGUUUACAACAAAAGGGGUGAUAAGAGGAUAGAAAUAUAUAAUAAAAAUAGUUAAACCUUA